AAUCCACGGGUUCGCCCGUCCUUUUUAUAUCGCAUUGCGUGCGUCUCGCUACCUGCGCAGCUAAGCUACCAUUUUGCGUGACAGACAGACGGACGGACGGAAGGACAGACGUAUACGGGUAUUAUAAUAAGAUAAUUUCAGAGCAAUGAUUUAAUACCCUCGUUCCCAACCCUCUCUUUAGUGUACGCUGUGUGCCAGGAAAUAAUAACUUGUUAUUACAUGCGAGUUAAAGGAUAAUAUUAAAGUUCCGUUGCCGUUAAAACCCUUAUUACGACAUGCGACGUCCUAGCAGGUGUUUUUUAUGAACCUCACGACGGCUUAUUGAAAUUUUUACUCUUUGCUUUUUCAUUUAUUUAAUAUCGCUCUUCUAUUGCGUCAUAUUAUUAAAUAUUGAUAAUUUGAACGAAUCUUUUAUUAAAAACACUCGUUAUAUUAUCAUGGAAUCAUUUUAACAUGUCUAUCCACUAAAACGUUCAUCAUUGAGAAGUUCUGUGCUUUUUCUUAAGACAUGCAUACACCGAUUCAAACAAUCCGUAUCGUGAUGUUUGGUCUUGGCGGUGUCGGUAAAACAUCGUUAAUACAUCGAUUUUUAUUUAACAAAUUUAACAGCACAUACACAGCAACGAUAGAGGAUGAUUACCGCCAAGUUAUAACGUACAAUAAUCAUAUAGUUGACGUCACAGUUCUCGAUACUGCAGGUAGUUACCAGUUUCCUGCUAUGAGACGGCACGCGAUACAACACGGACACGGAUUUGUUAUCGUAUAUGCGGUCGAUAAUGCUGAUUCGAUUGAAGAAGCUAAACGAUUAUACCAAGAAAUAAAAGAAAAUACGCAGUCAGAAAAUUUCCCGGUUAUAUUAGCUGGCAAUAAAGUUGAUAAAAGUCCGCUAGGAAAGAGAAAAAUAUCAACGCAGCAAGCCUCUGAGGUCAUAAAAGAAUGGGGUUCUAAUGCGGAACAUAUUGAGACAUCAGCAAAGCUAAAUCAAAACGUUUCGUUAGUGUUCAACAAAUUAAUCGAUACAAUCGACGAGCGUAACAUCGAAACGUUAACGUUUUCGAAUUGCACGCGAUCAACGAUGAGGUUACCAACAUCGAAGCAUGAUAUUCGAAGAACUUAUUCUUUAGAAAAUAACCUAGCCGAUAAAAGUUUGAAAAAAAACGAAAAGAAAAAAAUGUUUUUGCGCAAGUUAUUUUCAAGGAAGACGAUCAGGUAGUAUUAUUUUUUGAUUAGAAAUUUUCCAGCUCUUUGAAUCCGAAAAUCUGCGCAAACUAUGUAGUAGUUAUGAGGGAAGGUUAUAAGUUUGGAAAUGGGAAAUUCUUUUACUUUAAAAGGAUGCCUGAGUAUAAUUUAUUCAUGUUCGAAUUAUUAUUUAUCUAUUUCAGUUUCAUGAAUUAUCAAUUUUAAAUAUAAGAAAUGUAAAUAUAUAUAUAUAUAUAUAUAUAAAUAAAAA